UGCUGUUGUAUCUCAGAAGUCACCAGAUUUUGCCGAGAAUGGAGACCACUACCCCUGAUUGGUCCAGUCUUCCAGACCACCUUCUCGCCUUCAUCGCAAAACGUCUCCCCACGAGCAUUGACACACUUCGUUUCCGUGCUGUUUGUGGUUCAUUUCGCUCCUCCAUUCCUCCUCCGCAAAAAACUCUAUCUCCGCACAAGGGCCUUAAAUUAUCCAUGCCGUCACUUCCAGGCCGUCGCGGACACUUGGUGCUCGCCGAGUUCACUUAUUACGAGAUCAAACCCCUACCCAGUAGCUCCAAUCCACACCAAAAUACAAAUACAUGGUUGGUCAAAUGUGAAGAGUUGAACUCUGGCAAAGUUCGAUUUGAGGAUCCUCUAUCUAGACAUCGUCUGGGAAACUUGUCCAACAAGGUACCCGAGUCAGAAAAGUUACCACGGUAUUUGAACUUGUUGGAUUAUCAGAUCAAGGAAGUGGCUAAAGCCUAUAGAGUUGAACAAGUUUAUCAAGGUAAAGGUAUUAAUAGAAGGAAGCCUAUUGUUUUCAAUAAGGCUGCUGUGUCUUCAAGCUUCGAUAAGAUUGAUGAUGGGUUCGCCAUUAUGACGAUAAUUCAAGGAAUGGCACUAGUGUGGAGAAAUGUAGACAAGAAAUGGACCAAAUUAGAUAUUGGUUUUGAUUACUUUCUUGAUAUAAUUUACCAUAAUGAGAAGUUCUAUGCUUUGAUGUCCUCUGGUGUUGCUGUAACUGUGGAGUCCAAGUCUUUGACUGUAUCUCAAGUUUCUGUUCCCCUGCAGAUUGAUCGUUUCUGGGAUUGGUCCUAUUUAGUAAAGUCCUCUCAGGGUUUGUUUCUGAUUAUCAAGAGAUGGCAAUGGCGAGUUAAACCAAUUGAAUUCAAGGUUUAUAAACUUGAUGAACAGAAAUGUGGGUGGGUUCAGGUGAUGGAUGGAUUGGAGGAUUCAGUGUUUUUUGUUGGCGAUGAUUGUUCAUUCUGUCUUUCGGCUAAACGGUUUCCGGGAUGCAAAGGGAAUAGUGUUUAUUUCAAACAUGGUCCCUUUGAAGUUAAUGAUUGUCACCCUGGAACUGAUGGUGGGAUUUUUAACUUGAAGGACAGUACAGUUGGAGGUCUCUCAGAUUUUCCGGGCUAUUCUAAAAUCUUCUGCCCUAGGCCAUCCUGGGUCGAUUAGUGAUUCAGCUUGUCUCCUGGAUGACUGAGACUGCAUGGUGAAUUUCCUGGGAAUGUUGGACUCACCUUGUUUGGGAAUUUUUACGCUGUUCUGUCUCAGGGCAGAUUCAUAUUUUUCGAUAACUAUUAAUUCAUCAUUUGUGAUAAGAAUUUCUUUUAUAAGAUAUUUAUACUUUUAAAAGAAGCUCAAACGUCUUUCAAAGCAUUGUAGUUCACAUUUCAUCCUACUCUUUUCAUUCUAUAAGAAGUUUAUCUCUUUGUUGCAGUGUUUC